GGCCCUAUAUAUUUGAUUUGAUAAUAUCAAAUCAGUGGCUGGGCAAACGGUUCCCUGGUAGCCUAAAAAAACAUUUAUUAACAAAUUGUAUCCUUUAGCGAAUAAUAUUAAUAAUUGAUGUACCAGCAAUGUCUCAAAGUAUUUUCAUUGUAGAAAUUUCAAAUAAUGAUUUGUAUACCAGCAAGUGGACAAGAGCGUACCAACACACUUGUUUCCACUUCAAGCACUCUGUACGCGUACGUGUCUCGUAAACCUAAAGCACAAACUAAUUCAAAUUUCACUUCUUUUAAGAAACAGAUCUAAUUUAAGCGCUUUAUAAAAUAUUUUAUAUCAAACAAACCUGAAAAGAGUGGUUUGUUGUUGUUUUGAAUAUGGCAUCCAAUUCAAAACUAGAAAGUGAAAGUAGGAUAGGCUAAGGAUAAGUGCAGCCUAAAAGCGGGGAUUUCAAUGUUUUCACUUUUCUUACUGUCCAUAUAAAUCCUGAGCACCCAAACAUGAAGAUGGAAUUCAAACCUUCUUCUAAGCGAGAGAGUAGAAAACAGCUCUGGAAACAUGAAGCAAAAUCAAAUGUGGACUUACGUCUUUGUCAUAUUUUUGACCCUGCAGAGUCAAUGUUCUGCCUGCGAGAGGCUCGCCCGGUACAGCAUAAUAAGCAACGAGUCUCUGACCCUGCUUAGGCAAAUGGGUGCACACGAUCCUCCAGGAAGGGUGCCGUUUCCUCGGAACCUGUACCACCAGAUUGACAACGCUGAGGCAGAGGACCAGGUGAGGUUUCUUACCUUGACCUUGGAUCAUAUCAUAGACCUCAUGGAUGCAAAGGAACACAUGAAUUCAGUCAAAUGGAACCACAGGACUGUAGACCAUUUUCUAAGUGUCCUGCACAGGCAGUCGUCUGACCUCAAAGAAUGUGUGGCUCAAUACCAAAAAUCAAUACAUAAGAAGUCUUAUGAGAAACGAUUAAAAAGGCACUUCAAGGUUUUGAAGAAAACUCUAAAGAAAAAAGAGUUCAGUGCUCAGGCAUGGGGGCAGAUCUGGAAAGCUGUGAAAAGUCACCUUCAGAGGAUGGACAUCAUUGCAAGCAAUGCUAAGAAGCACCUGAGACAUUAACAGAGCUUCAGUCGUGAUGAUCAGGGUUACAUUUCAUAAAGUG